CACUGCUUCGCUGAUUAGGCAUCAGUUAAGUGUGAACAGUUGAUCACAAUGAAAGCAUUCCUUUUGUUGACUGUCCUAGUUGGCCUCGCCGCCUCCAUUGACUACUGUGCCUUGCCCACCUGUCUGGACAAGCACAUUGCCUGCAACAACAAAGGAAACUUUAGUGAGAACUGCCCCAAGGAUGUGAGAGAGGUAAACAUCCAACCCCACGAGAAGCUGAUUCUGACCCUGUUCAAUGAGCUACGGAACACUGUUGCUGGAGGCGCUAUUGAAGGCUUACCCAAGGCAACGCGCAUGGCCAAGAUGACCUGGUGUGAGGAACUGACCCAUUUGGCUCUUUUCAAUGUUAAGACUUGUCAGUCCCUUCCUGACAAGUGUCGCAGUACAGAACGCUUCGCUUACGCUGGCCAGAACAAUGCUAUUUUCAGCUACAGCGGUGCCGAGUCUGAGUAUACCGAUGCGGAAAUCAUUAAGGAGCAGAUUGAGAACUGGUUUGCUCAGCGUGCCAAUGCUUCACCUGAGAUUUUGGCCAGCUUCCCAGAAGAGUUGCCCAACAAGAACGUGGCCAAGUUCACUAUUGCCGUGUCGGAGAAAAAUACCCAUUUGGGCUGUGCCGCUGUACGCUUCACCCGUGACUACUACAACCACUUUGUACUUACCUGCAACUUUGCCACUACCAACGUGAUUGGCCAGCCCGUCUACACACCCGGCGACAAAGCCACCUCCGGCUGCAAGAACCGAUACGGUGCUGCCUUCGACUAUCCCAAUCUCUGUUAUGCCAAGGAAAUCUACGACAAUGAGAAGGUUGUCCCCGAUAUCAAGGUGUUUUAAGGAAAGGGGGAAAAGUGAAAAUGAUUAUUUGCUGACUGACCAUUUUAAGAUGUAAUACAAACACUUGACUUGCAUAAUAAAAUAAAACUUUUAAUGAUUUCGCAUUCCAAUCAA